UGAUUAUUCUUGCAUGCAGCAGUAUUUAAACCUCAAGUUCUCCGCUCUUCACUCUCCGAUCCUGCAACCCUCCUUUCUCAACUCACCAACUCACCCAAGUUUUCCGACGCUCAUCUUUGCUGCAAAAAUGGCCACAGCUGGAAAGGUCAUCAAGUGCAAGGCAGCAGUGGCAUGGGAGCCCAACAAGCCUCUGGUGAUUGAGGAGAUUGAGGUAGCCCCACCACAGGCCAAUGAGAUCCGCAUUAAGAUUGUGGCAACCGGGGUGUGCCACACGGAUCUUUAUCAUCUGUUUGAGGGUAUGCAUAAAGACGGCUUCCCAGCAGUCCUUGGCCAUGAGGGAGCUGGCAUUGUAGAAAGCGUCGGGCCUGGAGUCACUGAAUUUCAACCAGGAGAUAAGGUGAUUCCUCUGUUCAUCUCUCAGUGUAAAGAAUGUCGCUUCUGUAAGAGUCCUAAGACCAACCAAUGUGAGAACGGAUGGGCCGCUGAUAAUGCUGCUGCGAUGGCUGCAGCAGAAUCCAGGUUUACCUGUAAGGGCAAGAAGUUGCUGCACUUUAUGGGAACCAGCACCUUCUCUCAGUACACUGUGGUUCACCAGAUGGCUGUGGCUAAGAUCGACCCUGCUGCCCCUCUUGACAAAGUCUGUCUCCUUGGGUGUGGUGUCUGCACUGGAUAUGGAGCAGCAGUCAAUACUGCAAAGGUGGAACCGGGCUCCACAUGUGCUGUGUUUGGAAUGGGAGCUGUGGGUUUGGCUGCAGUCAUGGGCUGCAAGGCUGCAGGAGCCAAGAAGAUCAUCGCUGUUGACAUCAAUCCAGAGAAGUUUGAGAAAGCCAAGGUGUUUGGCGCAACUGACUUUGUGAACCCCAAGGAUCACAAUAAACCCAUCAGCGAAGUGCUGUCUGAGAUGACCAAUGGAGGAGUGGACUUCUCCCUGGAAUGUGUUGGAAAUGUAGCAGUCAUGCGGAGUGCCUUGGAGUCUUCUAUUAAAGGCUGGGGUGUCAGCGUGCUGGUAGGCUGGACCGACAUGUAUGACUUUAGUGCCCGACCCAUUCAGCUUAUUGCUGGCCGCACAUGGAAGGGUUCCCUGUUUGGAGGAUUCAAGAGUAAGGAUGGGGUGCCUGAGAUGGUCACAGCCUACCUGAACAAGAAGGUGAAGCUGGAUGAGUUCAUCACUCAUAACAUGACUUUGGACCAGGUCAAUGAUGCCAUUGAACUCAUGAAGCAUGGCAAAUGCAUCCGGACAGUCCUGAGUGUUUCUCCACAAUAAGCUCAGGGUUGCUUUCAAAGAUGCCAAAAUCAUUGAACAACUUGGAGUUAUGUUGUACUGAAUCAACAUUCAUACACACAAUGCAAGGCACAUAAUGAAAAUAUCUAUCAAAUUAUGCACAGUAUACAUGACUGACCUGGAACAAUCAACACUUAUGUGCAGAUUCUGAGAAUCAUCUGGAGGAUUCACAUAAGCAGAUGGGAUCUGCAACUUGGUGUUCUGGUUUUGUUGUGUGGCAUGUCACUAAAAGUGUCUACAACAAUGUCUGUGUCAUGUUAUCGUGUUCUUUAUCAUGAUCAACUGAAAUUAAAUUGGUACAGCACACA